ACACACGUGUGCGCGCGCGCACACACAUAUUGAAUCAAGAGUAGAGGAUCAAUCAAAGAGAAUUCUGCAGAAAGGCAAAAGUUAACAAUUGUCAGGUAUAAUGGAACCAUCGGCAAAAAAAUUAAAAAUUACUGACGAUCCCGAAAGUGAAAUUGACGUUAUUAAAAGUGACGAUAAAUAUAAAAUAAAAAUGGAUGUAAGCUUUGAACUGGACGAUCACGGGGGAGUAAUUAACUUGGACGAUAAAUCGAACGAAAAAAAAGAAGAUCCGAUUUUCUUAACAGAUGACGAUUCAUUUGUAUUUCCACCUGACAACGAUAUAUCCGAUAUGUUGGAAGGCAUCGACUAUAGUGGUUCGUUACCAACUAUUACCGAACGUUACUUUUCUACGUAUUAUAAAGUUGACGUUCAAAGGCCCGGAGACGAUAUGUGUAUCAGAGUACACAGUAAUCGUAUUUGUUUGAUUUCGUUAGCACCGAGUCAUAAUAUUUUUCAAAAUGAUAACAAAAUAUUAAAAGUUGAUUACAAAGUAAGCGACAAGUUAGAUAGGAUGUUAAAUAAGGUCUCUGGAAAAAGUAAACAUGGUGCUCAACCAUUACAAAUUAAUUCUAACAUUUGUGCAAUAUCUUGUUCGGACGGACAAAUAUACACAAUAAAGUGCUGUAUUAUUGGGAAAUUAAUAGAAGUUAAUGAAAUAUUAUUGCAUUAUCCUGAACUUUUAAAGGAACCACCGCACAAAGGAGGAUACUUGGCCCUUGUGCUGCCUAACUUAAAGCUAUUGGAUAAAAUAAAAGAUACAUUAUUAACAUCGGAGGAAUAUAAAACAUUUAUACUCUCGCGAUCUAAAGUCUAAAUUUUUUAAUCGCUAAUUGAUUAUGUUAAGACAAUAAUAUAGUUUGCCUUUAACGAAAGUAUAAGAUUAUUAAUAAAAAUACAUAUAUAAGAUUGUAAUUAUUUUUGAUAUAGGAUCAUCAUAGCUUAUGAAAACUUAAUAGGAACGAUAUCUUUAAGCGCAUAUCCUUAAAAAUAACACUUAUAAAUAAUCUUAUUAACGAUCAUGAAAGAAGAAAAAGGGGGCAGAAAACGAGAGAGAGAGAGAGAGAGAGAGACAUACAAUAUGCAAGUAUUGUGUAUUUUCUUUCUCUGAUAAAAUAACUUAUAUCAGAAAACUAUAAAUUUGGUAACUCAAACUCAUCAAUGGCACUCUAAAAACCCGUAUAUUUAUUUUAUACAAUCUUUCUCCCUAUCUUAUUUAUUUUCUUCAUCUUGUUUCUUUCGAGGAUCUUUCAGUAGAUUACUCAAAAUAAUACCUACAAAAAUUAUCAUACCUAUUCUCUGAUUAGAUACAAAUUUAUGAGCACAAUCUUUAGGAUUAUUGAUAUCCAAAGUAUUUAUCUGAAACCGAAUAUAUAAUAUUAUGGUUGUAUUUAUAGCAAUUUACACACACAUAUUCUGAUAUAUAUUAAUCACAAUGGUAAGUUUUUACCUGACUGACGAGAUGUUUUCCAGUUAAUCCUACUGCUACGUAAUACGGCCAAGUUUGCGCAGUUACAAUACCAGACGUUAGUAAUCCUGCUAUCAUAGAUAUACCAAAGGCAGACAAAUACAGUUGCGUUUUGUCUCCGAACUUCAAUGCGGUCGAUUUAAUGUUUAAUAGUAAAUCAUCUACCUUGUCCUAAUAUAUUAAUAUUCUUAAUAACGUAAUAGUGUUCUUAAACAUCAUAGAAACGAUGAAACGCAUCUACGCUUACUUGGUGGGCAUAAAUGGUAUCAUAUAUGAUAGUCCAACAAAUUCCACUGAUAUAAAGUGGUAAGCAUAUAGACCAAUCGCAUGAUCCUCGCACUGCUGACCAUCCUAAGAGAGCUCCCCAAUUGAAAGUCAUACCCAAUAUAAAUUGAGGCCAAUAUGUUACUCUUUUCAUUAAAGGAUAAAUUAUUACCAAGCCUGUAAUGAAUAAUAAAUAUGAUAUAUCUAUGCGUUAAAUCUUCUUUAUUCUUUUAUUUUAUCGAUAAGCAACAACCUAAAGAACUUGCACCAAGUAAAACGCUAUACCAGUUCAAUUGUAAUAGGACAAGUAAACCUAAACUCAAUUGUCCUCCAAGAAAAAUGAACGACUGUAAAUAUGUAAGUUGUCCAGUAGCCAAAGGUCUAUCGUUUGUUCUUGCUACCUAACAAAAAUUUUAUAUAUUUCAUAGAAUAUUAUAAAAUUGCAUGAUGGUAAUAAGUCGAAUAAUAAGUUUAGAUACCAUUUUGUCGAUAUCACUAUCCCACAUAUCAUUUAUGGUACAACCAGCGCCUCGCAUUAUAAAUGCACCUAUUCCAAAUAGCGUCAAUAAUUUAAGGUCUGGUAAACAAGUUGGAGAUGCUGCCAUGGCUAUACUCCAGCCGCAAGGCCAAAAUAACAACCAUGAUCCUGAAAAUGCAGGAUCAUUUAUUAAUAUAUACAAUAAUUAUAGUUGAGUCCAAUUAACGUAUAUCUUACCUAUAGGUUUAUCUAUUCUCAUAAGCCUCAUGUAUGGUUGUAUUUUUGGAGAAGAAUUAUUCAAUAUUCUAGCCGCUAAUCUCGAAUAUCUUCUCUCCU